AUGUCAAAAGUAUUUGUCCGUUUUAAGCGUACUCAGCCGGCCACUGCAGCCAUUUUACAUGCCCAGAAGAUGGCAACCCAAUUGAGUGUUAUCACAGCCUCUCGUAAAGCACCACGUCUAUUAAAACUUCGCCCUGAAGAUCUUAUACGUCAUCAGACUGUAACUAAAGCAUGGUCUCUAUUUCAAGCAGAAGAACGAGCUGAACAAGAAGCUCAAUUACGAAACCAAUACCAAUCCACACUUGAUGCAGUGGAACUUUUACAGAAAAUAAGUCCACGUCUUUACAAGUCUGUCACUACACCAGAUAACAAUAUCACUGUGUUUCCAAGGGGUGGUCUUAGAACACCUACAGAAUACCCUCCUACUAUAGUGUGGCGCUACCAAAUCAAGCCAAAUUAG